AUGGCAACAGUUGUGGAGAAAGCAUCGGAAAACAAUCUGAAUUUCAUUAAAGAAGGGAAAGCAGAAGCAUUUCAACCUAAAAAUGUGUUUUAUAAUCCUGUUCAAGAAUUCAAUAGAGAUAUUACCAUAGCAGUAAUUAAUGAGUUUGCUAAAGAAACUAUUCAAAACAAAAAUUGCAAAAAGGUUGAAAAUGAUGUUGAUCAAGCAAACGUAGAGCUAAAGGUAGGAGUAAAAUGUGAUAAUGGAAUUAAAAUAUUGGAAGGAUUAUCUGCUAGUGGUUUAAGAUCAAUGAGAUUUGGACUAGAAAUCGCUGGUGUAAAAGAGAUUGUAACUAAUGAUGUCAGUAAAUGGGCAGUAGAUAUUAUUGAUAAAAAUAUCGAACAUAACAAAUUACAACAUUUAGUAAUGUCAAAUUUAGGGGAUGCUUCUAUGUUGUUGUAUCAAAAUAAGACAGAAAAAAGUUUUGACGUAGUUGAUCUGGAUCCCUAUGGAAGCCCAGCACAAUUUUUAGAUGCUGCUGUCCAAGCUGUGAGGGAUGGAGGAUUGUUAUGUGUAACAGCAACAGAUAUGGCUGUUCUUUGUGGUAAUGCAGGAGAAAAGUGUGCUGCAACAUAUGGUGCUAUGUCUGUCAGAAUGAAAUGUUGUCAUGAAGAGGCCUUACGUAUAUUAUUACAGUGUAUUGAAACUCAUGCUAAUCGUUAUUCACGUUAUAUUGAACCGGUUAUAUCUCUUAGUGUGGACUUUUAUGUUCGAGUCUUCGUCAAGAUUCAUACUGGUGCUAAGAAGGUCAAAGAGUCAGUGACUAAAAAAUCCAUGUUUUACCAUUGUGUAGGAUGUGGAACGGUUACGCUACAAAAAUUAGGUAUAAAAGAACCAACUGAAGGCAAUAAUUUUAAAUUUUUACCAGCUCAUGGUCCACCAGUUGGUUCUAGUUGUGACCAUUGUAACAGUCGUCAUGUUAUUGGUGGACCAGUGUGGUCCGAUCCCAUUCAUUCUAUAGACUUUAUAGACAGAGUUCUUACUAGUGUUUCUACUAAUCUCCAAUAUCUUAAUACAUCAAAACGAAUCAGUGGUUUAUUAACAGUGGCUAAAGAAGAAUUACAAGAUAUACCAUUUUACUAUGUAUUAGAUGAUCUAUGUUCAACUGUACAUUGCAGUCCCCUAUCUUUAGAAAAGUUUAAUUCAGCUAUAUUGAAUGCAGGCCAUAAAGUAUCCUUAUCACAUGCCGCCAGAAAUUCAAAGAAAACUGAUGCUCCAUCUAAAUUUAUUUGGGAUAUAAUGAGGACAUGGGUAAAACAGAAUCCUAUUAAAGAUAAUCGUCGAGCUACAGGAUCAAUAGCUAGUAUAAUAUUAGACAAAGAAAUUCAAAAUAACAUCUCAUUCACACCCCACCCUCAGGCUAUUCCAGCUUCCCGUAAUAAAGGUUUGGUCAGAUUUCAACCUAAUCCUGAAUCAAACUGGGGACCUAAACCAAGACCAUCAUUAAAUAAUGAAGAUAAACAGAAAAAGUUUCAAGGGAAAAGAAAACAUAAGCAGAAUACAGUAGAUACUAAACAAUAUAGUUGUAAAAGAUUUAAAGCUGGUCAAUGUGAAUUAGGUGAAGAAUGUAAAUACAGUCAUAAGUUGGAAGAAUGUAGUCUUGAAGAUAAAACAUAA